AUGUCUCAAAUAUGGAACUUUUUACAGAAAGACAAUGUUGAUUACUUCAAUCAUCAUUUGCAACCAGAACAAACAAAACAUUCAAAAGAAUCAGAUUCCACAAUUGAUGGAGAUGCUGAGAAUAUUGAACAGAAAGAUGAAAGUUUUAAUAAUCAAUUAAAGAAGAAAUUAUCCAAUUUGAAAACACAAAAGAAGAAGAAUAAACGUCAUGAUGUUGAUUGUGAGAAUAAAGUCGUUAAUGAUCAUCCAUACGUUAAACAAGAUGAAAACGCAAGUUGUGAUUGUCUAAUUGAUGAACAAGAUGAUCAAGUUAAUGAAAUUGUUUCACCAAUAAUUAUAAAAUCAGGAACUACUGGUACAACUUCACAACAAGCUCAUCAAUCUAUUGAUUCUCAUUUGUUAUCACCAAGUUCAAUGUCAACCACGUCAUCAUCUUUUAUAUUUGAAAGAAAUGUUCAAGAUCAAAUUCAAAUGUCAAACUGCUCUUUAAGUAGAAGAAAUUCAUCAAAUCCUUUAGCAAGAAGUCAAAGUUAUUCAUCACAAUCUUCAAUUCCAACACAUUUGAAUUCUGAAUUUUUCAUACCCCAAGUUCUAGAUGCAACAGCUGAAGUAUUGAGUGAUCCAAAUUAUGAAGAUAUUGAAGUGAUUCAAUCUAAUAGUAAUCAUGUUUCUUCUGCUUUAUUAGAUCAACAUAAGAAUUCUAUUUCGAACUCAACAAUAUAUCAAUCACCAAAUAAUUCUUCACAUCCAGGAAUGGGUAAUAGAAGAAUGUCAAGAUCUUUACCUAUAUCAAGAAGACAAAGUUCAUGUUCACCAUUAAGUCCAAUUUCAACAAUUUCAAAUUCCACUUCAACUAAUCCAAAUGUUGAUUAUUCAGAUAAGAAAAAAUUAAAUUUUUAUUCAUUUGCUGAUUUAUUAAAUGAUGAAACUGAUACUGGAUUAAUUUCACCAAAUUCACCAAUUCAAAAUUCUUCAACAUAUGGAUCAAAGCAAAAUAUCUCUACUUUACAACAACUAAGAGAUCCAUUUCAAGGAAGUGAUUCUCAUCAUUCUAUAACAAGUUCAAAUAUAAAUACAUCACCAAAACAACAAUUUUUAUCAAGUCAAACUUCAAACCAAUUACCAAUUUUAUCAAAAACUUCAUCAAUAAAGGAAAUUUUACUCGAAAGUCAAAAUGAAUUAGAAAAAGGGCAUUAA